CAGACAACAUCAACCAUGGCGGCGAGCAGCGAGGAGAAAGGGCUGCUCGGGGCGGCCAACAGACCCCACAGACGCUACGGCAGCACCUCAGUCAACAUGAAGAAGCCGGAGAACAUCGUUAAGCACCGCGUCUCCAAGCAGGACACGAUACAAGGCAUAGCGCUGAGAUAUGGCGUGACGGUGGAGACAAUUAAGCAGCACAACAAGCUGUUUACUGUGGAGGCAAUGUUCCUUCACGACUACUUGGAGGUGCCUGUUAGUCGAGAAGUGUAUGAAGCGGUAACUGGUUCCUCUAACUCUUCAUCAGCAGCACAGACCGAUGUUUCUGACAGUUCUGAAGUGAGCAGUUCUCCAAGCAACACCCCAAAGGUAUCCCACUCACCAUCCACACCCACAUCAAGUGGCCUUCUUGACUGCUCAGAAAAGAGUCCCAAUGACUUCCUCUCCAAGAUUGACUCAAAUAUUGCACUCAUGAAGUCCAGUAUUGAGAGAAUGGAGACCCAUGCAUAUCCCAUGGUAGACAGGAUGGAAGUGGAUGACUCUCGGUGUAACGGUGGACGACGCUCAUGUCAGACCGUGGUGCGGGAGAAUCUUUACCAGAAUGGCUGGCAUGACCCCCUGGCAACUCCACACACUGUUGUUAACCCAGGACGCACCAUAACAAUGUCUCUGAAAAGACUAUUACGUGAACACGAGGAACUUUACGAGUUAUAGCACUAUCAUGUUCAAUGUACACUAGGUUAAUAAUGUAUACACAAAUGUGAGUUUAACAACAUAUACGUAUGAGAAAAAUUAUAUUUCUUUCACAGUUGAUUCGAGGGGUAAAUUAUGUUUCCUUUAUUUGAGAUAGAAAUAUUUGUUUUGGUUUGAAGCUGUUCAUCAUUUGAACCUUACUGUUAAAAGUGUUGUAUAUUAAUGAACAUUUAUUUCACAAAUUAUCCAGUUUUCAGCACUCCCAGUACUGUUCAUGUCUUUCAUGUAUUAUAUGAAGCACUUUUGUUGCUUUCUGACAGUAUUGUUGAAGUACAGAAUUAUGAAAACCCUUUUGUUAUGACUGUAAGUAGAAGAAUGCAACAUGAGGUAUGGAGGUGUUGUAUAUUUGCCUUGUAUUUAUUCUUGAUUACUUUAAGUAGAUUAAAAUUUCUUGAAAUUUUUUAUUCUGUUCUUGUUAUCUCUUUGAAAGCAAAUUUUAAUGAAACAUUAUUGCAUAUCUCAAAGAAUUAUCAUGAGUUGGGUUGGUGAUUACUCGACAUGCCUAAGAAUCUGUCAUGAUAUUGUAUAGUAUGUAUGUAUAGUGUAUAUGGGACUGUAACAUGUAUUUAUCAUUUGUAUUGUAAGUGAAUGAAAUGUUUCUUCAAGCAUGAGUAAAUGUUUGACCUUUAUUUUUGUUGCCACAUUCCAUUAGGUAUAUAUAUUUUUGAAAAUGUCAUAUGAGGUCAUGUGCAGUAUAGCUAUUUUUAUAGAAGCUCUAAAAUUGUACCUGUACAUUGAGCCUCGGACAUAAUUUGCAAUGUAAUUUUAAAGGGGUGUUACAAUGCACAACUAUGGAUGCUAUUUAAUGUUCAUUUAAUGGGGGACUUUCAAAGCUGCUGCUAUGUAGAGGGCAGCACUUUACACUUAUUGGUCCCUCUGUCUGGGGGUAGCUAUGUAAUGCCAGACAGAGGGACUGAUAAAUAUAAUUCUUUCCUAUACAUUGAAACAGCACUGAAAGUCACCCAUUUCUUUAACAUAGGCUGUGUUAUUAUUAUUUUUUUUUUUUUACAGUGGCUCUCUCUGUUUAUUUGGUAGUUACUCUGUACAUAUAGUCUUAAAUACUGAAAACAAUUAGUCAAGUUGACACAUCAUGUUUAUAAUUACCUUCAUAGAAAUUCAUAUUUAUUGAAGUUAUUAGAAAGUCUUGCCAUAUUUAGUUAGGUAUGUUAUUUAUAUACAUUGUAUUAUGCUGUGAGAAACAACAUAUCCUAUUAUCUUCCGUUCUUUCAGUCUUCUUAACAAUUACAUAUAUUGGUCUGUGUUCCAGUGUUUUGGAGACCUUCAUUUUUUAAAAUUACCAUAUAUACUCGUGUAAAAGUAAAAUUGCUUGAAAAAAAGGAAAAAAACAAAACAAGGUUAAGUUCAGAAGGAUGACUGCGUUAGAAAACAAGCUGACUCAUAUCAGUAAAGAAGAUAUCAAAUUACCAGGUGGUUUUAAGCAUCAAUAUUUAAGUCACACCAUUCUAAUACAUAAUACUCUGGUUCCAGUAUGCUCAAAUCUGUCACACUUAUAUUAUAGUUUAAAUGUCAUAGUAAAAAGCCAUUGUGCAUGCUCCUGGCUUGUGUCAAGUCCCACAAUACAAUUCAUGUCUUCCUUGCUGGAUGCUUUGUAGCUGUCCUUUUUGUGGUUUGUUGCUAAUGCAUUCAGUCCAAUCGUUCGUUAUUUCAUUGCAACUUUGUGCGCAAAUCUUAACAAAGAUAAAUUACAAUUUAAUAAAUAUAAUUUUUCUUAUAAAGCCAGUGACUGAUGAUGUGAAAAGGACUGUAUGUUGAUUUUUGAAGUUAUGUGAGCAGUUACGUACAUCUCAUAUUCUGGCCUUUAAACAUUCCCUCACAAAGCUAGUAGACAGUUUAGGAAAUAUUGCUGUAUUUGAGCUACAUCAUCUUCCUUUUUAUGGAAGACAAAGCACUUAUAUUUAUUAAAGUAGAAAAGUUAUUCUUCAAUGGAGAAAGCUACCUACUAACCCUCAUAAUCCAGAUUAAGAUGAUCCAUCCAACCAGAUUCUUACUUCCAACUUGCUGCUGGGCUCUCAAGUUCUGGCUUGGGCAUGUAAGUUGUGUUUGGUGUUGCAAAUAACCAGUGUUACCCUUUGAAACCAGGGAUUGAGUUUUAUAUGAAAUAUAAGAAACCCUUUUACACAUGACAAUAAAUAAUCUUUAAUUUUUACUCCUUAAAAGUAAGCUAAAUUUUUCCAUGAACUCUACUAUUACAUGAGUAUAUAAAUGGUGAAUAUUUUUUUCAUUAGCAGUGGUUUACAUUCAUACUUUUAAUUUGUGUUAAUGGUAACAAGAAUCAUAUGUGUGUCUUUCAUUGAUGCUUUUAAUGAAUUAUAAUAUACCGUUUUAUUAUGAUUAUUUAUAUCAGAAUAUCACCUGUUAAUGUGGUAAAAGUCAAUUAAUGAUGUUGGUAUGGCCACAGAACAACAUACCUGAUCUGAACAUUUUAAUGAUCGUAUUGUUUGUUUUUUCUGUUCAAGUGGAAAUUAAUGAAAUGGGCGAUGCAGACAUUGUAUUUUUUUUUUUAACAUUUUUAGUCUGAAAUUUAGACUGACUUUGGUUGAGUAUUUUAAAGUGAAGGGACAGAGUAUGAUGGAAAUCAAAUAGUUGUUAUGAGUGUGUUUCUGUGCAAAUAAGUCAGAAGAAAGGAUAAGAUGUAUUAUAGUUACAUUAAGUUGUGAGUGGCAGUGUCAAAUUUUAGUGAAAUCAUUUGCUUAUUCAGGGAAGAGAAGCUCAUUUGCUUAUUCAGGGAAGAGAAGCUCAUUUACUAAUUCAGGGAAGAGACAAGUGUUGUGGCGAGUGAGUGUAGCAGUGGAAGGCAGAGGAAAGUUGUUGAUGAAGGGAGGGAUGUGCCUUUCUAAACUUGGGUUAGAAAGGGUACAGGAAAAUGGGAAUGUGCAUGAAAGAAGAAUGGAUUGAAUGUAAAAAGCAUUUAGUUAUGUAUGUAUGAGCAGUCAUACAUGCCCCAGCAAAUACAAAAAGAGGAAAGAAUGAGAGAAUUCUUAUAGCUGAAUGAAAGUGUGAUGAGGUUUGGUAAAUAGAGAUAGCUUUGAUGGUGUACAUGAAUGCUUAAGUGGAUUUUGGGUGUUUAUAAAAUAACUUGUAAGUGGGAAGUGCUUGGAUGAUAUGAAACCAGUUAAUGUGUAAGAGGCAUAUCUGUGGUAAGGUAGGCUAUUUCAAACAAUUGGAUUUUAAAUGUAGCUCAGGAUAUUGACAAGUAAGUGAUGGGUAGCAUAAGGAGAGAGGUUUGACUGAUUACCCUGCGGUGGACAAGGUUGCAAGGUAACGUGAUGAAUGUUAAGGUGAUGCGAGGCAUGUAUAUUGAAGAUAGCUAAAAAUACCUUUAUACCAAAAUAAUCCAAAUAAGUGUUGUUUAAGAUAAAAAAGUAAGAUAUGAGAGAUCAGAGUUUGAAAGAAAAUCAUGAGUAACUGAUGACCAGGUUGUAGAAUAUAAAAAAAAGCAACGUUGAAGAUGCCUCUAGAACUGGAAAUAUAUUACCAAAUCAGUGCAUAAGUAGUGAAAAUGAAAGGAAGGGGAAUGUGUAUGAAGGAGGUCAGAUUAUAGAAACCAAGCAGGAUGAGUAGAAUGGAUGGAAUGAGUAAUGAAAGUGUGUAUGAGUGUUUUGGAAUGUGUCACAGGGGUGAAGGGAAGAAGUGUGGAGUGGUUGAUGAAGUGAAGCAACAGACUUUAAAAUGGUAUGGUCACAUAGAGCGAAUGGAGGAGAGUAAGAUGACCAGGAGGGUGUAUGUGAGUGAGAUAGAGGGAGGGAAUGUUAGAGAAUGACCUCCAGUGAAAUGGAGGGAUAGGGUGCAGGAGUACAUUAGGGAGAGGGGUGUAAGAUCCUUGAGAAACUUUGAGCAGGCAAGGAGGGAGUGUAUGAAUAGAGAAAGAUGGAAACUCUUCUUCCGUGGUCAUCCCCUGGUGGGAGCUCCUAGGAGCAAGCGUCGAUGAGAUGCUGAUGACGAUGGUGAUUCAUUUGUGUCUGUAGAAGAUUGUUACUGAGCAAUCGGAAAUGGAAAGGAAAGAUAAUUCACUGUAAAGAGGUUGUAAAGCAAAAUAUUUUAGAGUCAGACAGUAAAAAAAUGAAAACAUUUGUUGGAAUUUGAUUGAGACAACUGCAUAAGGUUGUGAUGGGUAAUUUAGAAAAAAAAAGGAUAAGAGAAAAGACCCGAUGUAUAAUAAAUAAAGAGUACCUUGAAAUAU